AUGACCCUCCAAGCUUGUGUCUGCUCUGUAAACGGCCAUCUGGAGUCAUCUCGAUUCACGCCUGAAGGUAUAAUGAAUGAGCCAGUUGGUGUUUGGUUAAAUGCAUUCUCAGAGAGCCUGACGAUGAAGCGUUCCACUCUGAAUGAAAGUCAGCUUCACCCGACAGAGGUGACCGCACUGUUUGUUUUGACAGAAUUCACUGGCUCUUGUCCUCCAACUGUGGUCAGUGAACUGAGAAGCCUGCAGAAAACAAGCAAAUUGAGCAACAUUUUGUCCUUCAAAGUGACAGGGUCUAUGCUCCGCAAAGUAGGCACUUGUCAGGGCAUUUCAAUGACUAACAAUGUUACAGAAUCUCUCAAGCUGUUACUCAUCAUUGUGAUUAAGGCCAACGUAACCUUCAACUGUAUUCAGAUUGUGGAUUCCAGCUUGCGAGACGUGAACAGAGAAUCUAUUCGGAUCGACUGGUGCGGUUCUGACCAGUUUGCACCAUACACCAAUGUCAUCAUGCCAAGUGUGUUUGGUGUCAUCAGCUGUUUGGGCAUCACAGGAAAUUGCAUCGUAAUCUACACCAUUGUCAGGAAGACCAAGUUCAGAUGCAGGCACACGGUACCCGACAUCUUUAUCUUCAACCUGUCGUUAGUGGAUCUGUUGUUCCUUCUAGGGAUGCCCUUCCUCAUUCAUCAACUAGUUGGUAAUGGGACCUGGCAUUUUGGAGCUGCUAUGUGCACCAUCAUAACAACCCUGGACAGCCAUAGCCAAAUCACCAGCACCUACAUUUUGACCGUGAUGAGUUUUGAUCGUUACUUGGCCACAGUUCACCCACUGAAAUCCACCUCAAUGCGCACACCAUCUGUUGCCACCUUGGUGAUCUGUUUGGUUUGGUUAAUGUCCUUCUUGACCGUCAUCCCAGUGUGGCUGUACACAGGAUUAAUGCCACUGCCAGAUGGCACAGUUGGUUGCGCCUUACUUCUGCCCAAUCCAACCACCGAUAUCUAUUGGUUUACCCUUUACCAGUUCAUGGUGGCAUUUGCCAUCCCUCUGGUUGUUAUCUGUGUUAUUUACUUCAAGAUUCUUCAGCACAUGUCCACGCGUGUGGCUCCACUACCCCAAAGAAGCCUCCGAAUGCGAACUAGGAAGGUCACCCGCAUGGCAGUGGCCAUCUGCUCAACCUUCUUUGUGUGUUGGGGACCCUACUACAUCUUUCAACUGGUCCAUCUGAGCAUUGAAAAGCCAAGGCUUGCCUUCUUCUACAUGUACAACUUUGCCAUUAGCCUGGGCUAUGCCAACAGCUGCAUCAACCCUUUUCUGUACAUUGCCCUGAGUGAGACCUUCAAACGCCAGUUUCUGAUGACCAUCCGCCCUCCCCAUCAACGGUUCCGGUUUAACAACAGCGUGGCAGAAGAGCCUGUCAUCAAACUCUCCAGUGACUCAACACAACAAAUGCGUUUCACGGGUCGGCUCUCCCCGAACUCUUUGCCUGCCCCAGAUGCAGUUCAGUGA